CCCCCGCACCGCACGGCGCCACUGCCUGAGACCGAGGUGAGCUCGCCGCGCGCUCAAGUGGCGGGAAGCGGCUCCCGCUUUUGGUCAGAGGAAAACAAGGAGGACAAGGGAUCCGGGAAGAAGCGGUGGUGGGAGUGAGAAACGCAAAUUGGGGAUGGAUUCCUCCGCACCUGGCACCUGCUGCGAGAUUUGGUGGGUGAGAGAGCUCACAGCGAAGACGACGACGCGGCGACACCCGUCAGGCUCAAAUGGGCAGACAGCGAUGGCUGUUUGGGUCCACUCACCUGGCACGGACCGCAUGUCUGGACCAUAGCCACGGCCCGCAUGUCUGCACGAUGGGCCUGGUGCACACGCUGCAUUCGGCCCAUGUCGCAAUUGCCUUCUCUUCGAAGGCACCCCCGCAUCGAGAAGGUCGUUUUGUCUUCUUCCCAUCCAAUCUCUCCAAGUACUCCCUGUCCAACUGUUCGUUUGCUUUCCGUCUUCGUCCUCUGUUUGCCCAGUUGUCGUUCGCGUCUCCGCCGGCCGGCCUACGAAACCCUAGCGAAGCGAGCGAGGGAGAGACUAGCGGCCAUGUUCGGGUUCAGGAAGGCGGACCCGGACCUCGAGGCCGGCGGGGCCUCGCUGCUGUACCCGGGGAUGACGGAGAGCCCCGAGCUGCGGUGGGCGUUCGUCCGCAAGAUCUACGUCAUCCUCGCCGUCCAGCUCGCCAUGACGGCCGCCGUCUCCGGCUUCGUCGUCAAGGUGCCCGCCGUCUCCAACUUCUUCGUCUCCUCCAACGCCGGGAUCGCGCUCUACAUCUUCCUCAUCAUCCUGCCCUUCAUCGUGCUGUGCCCUCUGCACUACUACCACCAGAAGCAUCCGGUCAAUCUUCUGCUGCUCGGCCUCUUCACCGUCGCCAUCAGCUUCGCCGUUGGCAUGACAUGCGCUUUCACUAGCGGAAAAAUCAUUUUGGAGGCUGCCAUUCUUACAGCAGUGGUGGUGAUCAGCUUAACUGCUUACACUUUCUGGGCUGCAAAGAGGGGCCAUGAUUUCAACUUCCUUGGUCCCUUCCUAUUUGCUGCUAUCAUGGUGCUCAUGGUGUUUUCACUAAUCCAGAUCUUUUUCCCGCUGGGUAAGGUAUCUGUGAUGAUAUACGGUGGAUUGGCGUCACUUAUCUUCUGUGGAUACAUCAUCUAUGACACGGACAAUAUCAUCAAGCGCUACACCUACGAUGAAUACAUAUGGGCUGCUGUAUCACUCUACCUCGACGUCAUCAACCUGUUCCUGUCUCUGCUGCAGCUGCUGAGGGCAGCUGAUAGCUGAGCUCGUCAAGCUUUCACUUGUUCUCACGUACAUUUGUGUAUAUCACAAACUCUGUAAUGCUCAUGGAUACUCCAAUUUAUAAUUAGAUUCUAUCGGUGCUACCUUAGUUCAAAUUUAUGUCUACCUUAGCGGUUAAGAAUAAUUUUGUGCAUGCAACUGCCAA